GUGGUAAUUAAAUUCGUCACUUAAACCUUUUACAGAAGGUACUUCGAAGAGUAUUCUCUACAUAAUCUAUUGGCACAGACACUGAUGUCCGAUUUACUGUCGUGAUCCUAGUGCCCCCAAUGUCAUUUCGAUCUUUCCUCUUCCUCGCGCGCUUCACGAAGCAGCACCACCGUCCUCAUCUCUCCAUGCGUCGUUCCCCACUCUCCUCUCUCCAUGUGCCAUCCUGUUCUCCCCACCACCCUCCCCAUAUCGACGAGCGCCUCGUCCUCGACCAAAUUUCCCACCUUUUUCCCAUUCCCACUUCCAAAUCCCAAAACCCCGUUUCGAAACCCCUCAAACCGCCACAACCAGACGUGAAAUCGGUGGACGCGUUUUUACCCGCCGAAGACAAACUGCGCGGAGUCUUCCUCCAGAAGCUAAAGGGCAAGGCUGCAAUCGAAACUGCUUUGUCCAAUGUUGGUGCUGACGUGGACAUUAGCAUUCUCGGUAAAGUACUGAACAAUGGGAACCUCAGUGGUGAAUCUAUGGUUAGGUUUUUCAACUGGGCAAUUAAACAACCAGGGGUACCCAAUGAUGUUGCUAGUUACCAUGUGAUUGUUAACGCACUAGGAAGAAGAAAGUUUUUUGUGUUUAUGAUGGGUGUGUUGUGUGACAUGAGAAAACGUGGCAUUGAUGGUGAUUUGUUGAUGUUGUCUAUUGUUAUUGAUAGUUUUGUUAGGGCUGGUUAUGUGUCUAGGGCAAUUCAGAUCUUUGGGAGCAUGGAUGAUCUUGGGGUUCGGCGUGACACCGAGGCUUUGAACGUGCUUUUGUUUUGUCUAUGUCAUCGUUCUCAUGUUGGUGCUGCCAAUUCUGUGUUGAAUUCGGUGAAGGGGAAGGUGUGUUUUGAUGUUGGUACAUACAAUGUGGUUGUUGGUGGGUGGUCUAAGAUUGGUAAGGUGGGUGAGGUUGAGAGGAUUAUGAGGGAAAUGGAGGCUGAUGGGGUUGCACCCGAUUGUAGGACGUUUGGAUUCCUUAUGGAGAGCUUGGGGAGGGUAGGUAGAAUGGAUGAAGCUGUUAAAGUUUUUUGUGGUAUGAAGGAGAAGAAUUGCCAACCAGAUACUGCUGCUUAUAAUGCAAUGAUUUUCAAUUUUGUGUCUGUUGGGGAUUUUGAGGAGUGCAUGAAGUAUUAUAAUAGGAUGUUGAGUGAUAACUGUGAACCUGAUCUUGAUACGUUUGAUAGAAUAAUUAAUGCGUUUCUCAGAGUGAGGAAAGUGGCUGAUGCGCUUCAGAUGUUCGAUGAGAUGUUGAAGCGAGGUGUGGUGCCGUCUAUUGGGACCAUAUCAACCUUUAUCAAACGAUUGUGCAGCUAUGGUCCACCUUAUGCUGCUUUGGUGAUAUACAAGAAGGCAAGAAAAUCAGGGUGUGUGAUAUCAAUGGAAGCUUAUAAGAUACUGCUUAUGCGGCUUUCUGACGUAGGAAAAUGUGGAACAUUGUUGAGCAUAUGGGAGGAGAUGCAAGAAUGUGGGUACAGUUCAGAUUUGGAAGUUUAUGAGUAUAUCAUCAGUGGUCUUUGCAACGUUGGACAACUGGAAAAUGCUGUUCUUGUUAUGGAGGAGGCUUUGGGCAAAAGGUUUUGCCCAAGGAGGCUAGUAUUUAGUAAACUAAGCAACAGGCUGCUUGCUACAAAGAAAACAGAGAUGGCUUACAAGCUGUUUCUGAAGAUCAAACAUGCCCGUUCACUUGAAAACGCAAGAAAUUAUUGGCGUGGUAAUGGUUGGCACUUUUGAACCUGAGGCAAAGGUUUCCAAACCAAGUGUGCCAACUCAUCUGGAGAUCGCGUAUUAUAGUCCUCUUGCUAGAAGUUGGCUGAAGAGAAAAAUGUCAGUUAUCAAUAACAAAUUAUACGGUUGAAGGUCUUUCAGAAUAGACACAGAUAAUCUAUUUCCCUCACUGAUGUAGGUACCACUCUCUAUCAUUAAAGGAACAGGAAAUGAAGGACUCAUUGUGAAGGCUGAUAUUGAAGAUUUCUUAGCUUCUAGUCAAGUUUCCGCACCCUGAAGAAAUCCUGAAAUUUUAUUAGAUGAUAUUUCUGCUUCAAGUGUAAAUCAAAGACCAGUUUUUGGACCAUGUCAAAUGAUGUUCUAAUUUUGUUGUGAACAUAGUUUCAUACGGCUUCUUGGUCCAGCUUCACGGCUGUUAUUAUCAAAGCAAACUAUUCCUCAUUACUAUUUAUCAGUGGAUGCAUGUGUUGAUGAACUCAUGAGUUUGCGGUGCAAACUCAAUUCAUUGCAAGAAGCCUCUGGUGGCUCCCGCAUAUCAGUUGACCUUGUAAUCAAGCUGAGAGGAGGGUCAUUCCGGGAACAGGUUCUGAAGAAUUCAAGUUUGGUUCUUUCAUGUCUGUGACCCUCAGCUGUGAUCAUCGUGUUAUAGAUUGUAAUCAUUCAAUGAUGUUUUUUUUAAACUCAAAAUUAAGCUAAUUUUGUGGUAAAGCAUGUCAACAAUACACUUGUUCUGUUCAGGUGCAAUUGGUGCGGAAUGGCUAAAAGCAUUCAAGGACUAUAUUGAAAAUCCAGAAUCCAUGUUGUUCAAUCGGGUAUUUCUAUAUUCCCAUUUGGGUUUGGUUGUUCAUCAAUUUUUGAUUGAAGAAGUGUUUAGUCACUAAGAAUAAAUUUUGGGGAAAUGUGAUUGCUUUUUAUAAGAGAGGGUAGAUGAGGCAUUUAAUUUAAACCCACCAAUUUUGUUCACAACAGAUGCUGCCCCAGAUACACGGCUGAUUAUGUAACAAUUUUUUGAGAAGUUAAUUUUAUUUCAUU